AUAUUACUCGAGAUUCUCGCACUGCUAGCUGAGGGGUCAGUAUUUAAUGUCAGCUAACGCAUUCAAGCUUGUUUGAGAACCAGUGUCGGAAUGUUUACCUAACUGGUUUCGAGUGUUUGUACCAGUGUAGCGCUUGUACGGGGUAAAUAAACGUUCAGUUUAACGUGAGAGAGACUGGGAAGAGUACGUUUCGGUGCACAAUUGUGUUUUUGUGCAGCAUGUGGUCAAAUACAGACCUCGACGCUAACGCCAACGGUCUACUGACCACUGGAGAUGCCACUUUAGACAAACUGGUUAAUCAGUGGAUCAGCUGGGAUCAGAAUGUAGCAACACUUGCACAGAUUAAAAGUCUGGUCCAGGAAACCCGUAUAGAGGAACUCCGGAGAAGGCUGUGCUCACGGAUGACUUUUGGAACAGCUGGACUAAGAGCAGCUAUGGGAGCUGGAUUUUCUCGUGUCAAUGAUCUCACUGUCAUCCAGUCAUCACAGGGGAUGUAUGUAUACUUGGCUAAAUGUUUUCCUGAUCUGAGGACCAGAGGUUUGGUGGUUGGUUACGACACACGAGCACAAGAAUGCAGUGGCUGCACCAGUGAACGGCUUGCAAGUUUGACUGCAGCAGUCAUGCUUAGUAAGGAUGUUCCAGUUUAUCUGUUUUCAACAUAUGUGCCUACCCCAUUUGUGCCAUAUGCAGUAAAAAAGUUGGGAGCUGCUGCAGGUGUAAUGAUUACUGCCUCUCACAACAGAAAAGAGGAUAAUGGAUACAAGGUGUACUGGGAGAACGGUGCACAGAUUUCUUCACCUCAUGAUAAGGAGAUACUACAUUGUAUAGAACAAAAUGCAGAGCCCUGGGCUGAGUCUUGGGAUCAAGACCUGGCUAAGAGAAGCUCAUUAAGGACUGAUCCACUGAAAGAUAUUUGCUGCUGGUACAUGGAGGAGCUCAGUACUCUCUGCUUCCACAGGUACUGUCUAACACCACUGCUGGAAAAAGUUUAUACAGCAUGUCAAUUAGAGUUGUACAUCUUUUGUUCUAGAGAGCUCAACACACAGUCUCCCUUGAGGUUUGUGCAUUCAUCCUUUCAUGGAGUUGGACAUGCCUAUGUCCAGGAGGCAUUUCAGCAAUUUGGCUUUCGACCUCCUAUCCCUGUACCAGAGCAGAUGAACCCAGAUCCAGACUUUUCUACUGUCAGCUGCCCUAACCCUGAAGAGGGAGAGUCAGUUUUGGAGCUGUCUCUUCGCCUGGCUGAGAGAGAAGGAGUCAGGAUUGUGCUGGCCACAGACCCUGAUGCUGAUCGCCUGGCUGUUGCAGAGCAGUGUGACAAAUGUGGCUGGAAAUUUUUUACUGGAAAUGAGUUGGCUGCAUUGCUGGGCUGGUGGAUGCUACUAAACUGGAAGGAGUCUCACCCAGAUCCAGCUGAGAUUGAGAGUGUGUAUAUGCUGGCUACAGCAGUCUCCUCUAGAAUCCUCAAGACCAUGUCGGAGAAGGAGGGCUUCCAUUUUGAGGAAACACUACCUGGCUUCAAAUGGAUUGGAAAUAGAAUCCACGAGUUAGCUAAAACAGGAAAGGAGGUCAUUUUUUCCUUUGAGGAGUCCAUUGGCUUUCUGUGCGGGAGAAUGGUCCCUGACAAGGAUGGAGUUAGUGCUGCUGUAGUUGUUGCUGAGAUGGCAGUGUAUUUGCAUACCAAACAUGUAACACUUAAACAGCAACUUCAAAACAUCUAUGAAACUUACGGCUACCACAUUUCAAGAACUUCUUAUGUUAUCUGCAAUGAUCCCCCGACAGUCAAGAGAAUAUUUUAUCGUUUACGCAACUUUGACGGCGAGGGUGUUUACCCGAAGAAGUGUGGUGGAUACAACAUCGCACACAUCAGAGAUGUGACUACAGGUUAUGACAGCAGCCAACCUGACAAAAAAUGUGUCCUACCAGUAUCCAAAAGCAGCCAAAUGGUGACAUUCACAUUUCAGAAUGGUAUUGUUGCCACCCUUAGGACUAGUGGCACAGAGCCCAAAAUCAAGUACUAUACAGAGUUCUGUGCACCACCUGGAAAAAGAGAUAUCUCAAGUCUUGAAGAAGAGUUAGCAAAUGUGACCUCUGCUCUGCUGGAGGAGUAUCUGGAGCCUGAGAAGAACAAUCUGAUCCUCAGAGCAAUAUAGCUCUGCAGUUCAAAGAGCAAUUGUGGAGGUGUCUUUGCGGGUUAGUUUCAUCUUAAUAUUAUUUCAGUGUCUGGAAUGUUAUCUCUUACUAUAAAAUGAUUUCCAGGUUUAUUUAUUUUAUUGUUGCAAAUGUCUUAGUUUUGAAACAUUACAGGCUACAGGCAUACAUAUUUCUGCCAUUAUGAUUUAUGUAUCUUGUCAGUUAUAGUGUCAUUAUGUUGAAAUGUGUCUUUGUUCAAUAAACCACAAGGCUUUAUCCCUUCCAUAAUAUUUUGGUUAAUUAUAAGAUACAAACAAAGCAAUUGUCCUGAUAUGAAAUGUCAUUUUCUGUCUUAUGAUGUGAUGUACCUGUGGUUGUAAUAAUGACCUAGGUGAUUUGUCAUUCACAACUUAGUGUUCCACUGAAAUUAAAAGCUGAUUCAUUCUGCCAUAACUGGCCAGCGUGCUACUGCGACAAUAUAAUAUGACACUACGCUGCUUUGCUGCUUUAUAGACUGAGCCCAUUUUUCAGUGGAAACAUCUAGGAUUAACUAGUAAAUUUUAAUUCAGUGAUGGUUGAAUUAACAUAUUUUUUAUCCCAUACUAAAUACAUGAAAAGUGUAGAUUUUGGUUGCAAACAUUAUCCAAUGUAGUAUACUGUAAACUGCGUGCACCAAGGAUUUGGGAUAGUCAGUUCCAGAAUGUGAUGGAAUGCAGGGUUAAAUAAAUGAACAGAUUUUACUUCACUGUCCCAAAUUCCUAAGUAUACAUUUUGGUGUUAUUAAUAAUUCUUGGACAGGUACAAUUUUGUAGAAGACUGGGUAUGUAGAUUAGGUAUAAAUUCCUACACAAUUCAGAAAAGGGAUGACCCCAAAAUGUGUUUACUGCUGUUAAAGAACAAAUGUGAAAUUGAUUCCUUAUCAGCACUCGGGUGAUUAUUUGAAAUGGCACUGUAAUGGAACAUGUUGGUUGAGCUUGAUGUUUGCAUACAAGAAAUUAAUAAGGCAGGAAGAUUGUUGCUGCUUUCAGUGUCUUGAAUUUUUUAUGUAGUAUUCAGCUUGCACUACAGAUAUCUAUUUUUUUUAAGCCACAAAUAAAUAUGGCCAAGAAAUGUUGAUAGACUGAAUAUUUAUUUUGUGUAUUCUUCACAUUAUACAUAUGGGCAGAAAGAAUGUAAUGUUGGCAUUGUAAAGUGUUUUAAGCAAAUCAAGAAAGAAUAUUUUCUUUAUAGUACUAUUCAUGAGUACAAAUUGAAUUAUUUAUUUGUGGUGAUACUCCAGAUAUAUUUAAUAUAUUGCAUUUGUUUCAUUUACCAGUUCAAGUGAACUGUAUUGAAUUAAAGAAAAUCUCCAAAUCAAACUGUAGUCAAAGAGUAGGUUUUUUUUUUAAAAGUAUAUUACAGAACCUGCGGAAAUGUAUUUUGACUCUGUUUUACUAAAACUUUAAAUAAAACUUUAAAUAUUACAAAAUA